ACACCAAGCUCUUAUCCUUCCCUCUACCCUGCCUCGUGCAAAAAAAUGGCCUCCCUCGCAUCGCUUGCUCCAGUCAGCACCGCCGUCGUCUUCGGCCAGCAGACCACUGGCGUCCGCUCUCUCCCCAACAUGGGUCAGGCUCUGUUCGGCUUAAAACCUCUGAGAGGAGGACGUCUCGUCAUGUCUGCCUACAAAGUCAAGCUCAUCACUCCCGAUGGACCCCAGGAAUUCGAGUGUCCGGAAGACGUCUACAUUCUGGACCAUGCCGAGGAACUCGGGAUCGACCUGCCAUACUCUUGCAGGGCAGGGUCUUGCUCUUCCUGCGCUGGUAAGAUCGUUGAGGGCAAAGUGGACCAGUCCGAUGGCAGCUUCCUUGAGGAUGACCAGAUGGCAGAGGGUUGGGUUCUGACCUGUGUUGCCUACCCUCAGAGCGAAGUCGUCAUUGAGACACACAAGGAGGAGGAACUCACUGCUUAAGAAGAAGCUGCAUAUAUGCAAGACCAUGUUCAUCAUUAUCUCCUCAUGUUCCUAAUUCUAUGUUGUCUUGUCGGUUGAAUUAACUAGCUAGUUUGGUUAAGAGAUAUUAUAGUGUUGUAUUUCUGAAUGAGUUAUUAUUAAGGCUUUUGUUUCAUUUGCUGUCACAAAAUGAAAAUGUUUUAGUUUCAAUAAUAAUCUUAUACUAUU